AUGGCUGCAGAAGGUGAAGACCUUGCGAAGGCUUCCGCUCGUCCUGGCUUAUCGAAUGGCGGAAGCUUCGUGGCUCCCGCGACCUGCUGCGGAGAGGAAGCAACAGGCGCAAGCAGAGCCGCGGAAGCAGCAGGAACGGCCGCGGAGGACGCAGCGGGAAUGGCAGCGGGAGAAGCAGCAGGAGCGCCCGACGCUAUCGGUGCGUCGACCCCGCCGCGUGAGGCCAACCCGGCCAGUCCGUCGUAUGCGCUCCGCGCGAGCCUCUCCGCGCCCCCGCGCGUGACGAGCAAGAAGCCGCCCGACAGCAUGCCGCUGCUGCGCCUACCGCUGGGCCUGUCACCGUCCGCUUGGUCGCAGGGCUCUGCAGCGAAACGCCAGCUUGGGCGAGAUGACACGAGGCGAGAUGACACGGGAGAUGACACGCGGCGAGUUCACACGCGGCUGGAUUUGAGUAUGCAGGGACUAAGCUAUCAAGAGGGAGGGGGAUCGGACGGCUCAGAUGGUCCUUGCUGGAAGAAGCGCGCCGUUGGGGAUGUUUCGCCGGGCGUACCCGCUGUAGCAUUGUCCUCGGCGCUUGCGCCGGUUUCUGGCGCUCACGCCCUCCCAGUCCCCCCGGGAACCCCGAAUAACGGCGCGCCACCUUUCCAUUCACGACCUUCAAACUCCCCCCUUGGAUUGUCGCUUCCCCUCACCAGCACCGCCCCCAGCCCUCAAGCUGCACGGGCGCACGAUCCGCUUCCGCCGCUGUCCCUUCCGCCCCCCGCUGCCCCGUUCCCCUCCCCACAACCUUCCCCAGCGCCGACUCCCGACGGCGGGUGGGGGGGGACUGUUGGCGCAAGUCCGCGCAACCCUUCGCAGCAGGGGGGGUUGAAAGAACCCGCCAAUUCUCCCCAUUACCGCGGGGUGCGGCUGCGCCCAUGGGGAAAAUGGGCGGCGGAGAUUCGCGACACCGCCAACAGCGCGCGCCUGUGGCUGGGCACGUUCCCCACAGCGGAAACGGCGGCGCUGGCAUAUGACGUGGCAGCGAUGGCGAUUCGGGGAAACAAGGCGAAGCUUAAUAUGGAGCAGCACAGAGAGCUGGCGAGCGAAGUUCGCGAUCUGGUGAGAACGCUGAAAGCGGCGGCAAAGGCGGCGCAGGAUGCGGCGGCGGCGCGCGCGUAUGCGGAGGCGAUGGCGGAUGCUGGCGGAGAGGAGGGGAAGCCGCCAGGGCUGAAGAGCGAAACCGCGACAGGGAACGGCGAGGAUCGAGCAGCGAAUGGCGAUACGUUGAGUGAACGGCUGAGAACGGUCAGGGAUGGUGACAUUGGUUUAGAGGCAUCUCAAAACGAGGGGGGCGGGAGCGAGAAGUCGGCGGGUCGGGAAGGCGCGAAAUAUGCGGCCGUGGCGGACGGUACAGGCGGAACGCGCAGCGCGCAAGGAAAAGACCAGAUGACGGAACCGGGAAACGGGCAAGGAAACGGGCAGGGAAACGGGCAGGCGAACGGGCAGGAGAACGGGCUGGCAAACGGGCAGCUCCCAAUGCUGCGACAGGCCCCGCCACAGGCGCCGCUUCUCCACGUGGUGAUGGGGAAGGUGGUUACCACCAUGGUGGAUAAGUAUGGCGGGGCGAUGGGGAACUGGGCCAGGGGCGUUGGCGCUAAUCAGGGGGCGCUGGGGAGCGGGGGAACCGGGGGAGGCGGAGGAAGCAGCGGGGGAAGCGGGGGAAGUGGAGCUCUUGAGGGUAUUGGGGCAAUGGGGGGAGUUGGGGGAGGUGGGGCGAAUGGGGGAAAUUGGGGGAAUGGGGAGAUAAAAAUGGGUGCAGUGGGAGGGGGUGCUGUGAGUGCGGAUAAGGGAGGGGUUGGAGGGAACGCGGGGCAGCAGGUGGACAGGAAAGAGUUGGUUACAUCCCCUUUACAAGCUCUCUCGAUAAACCAGGGAGUCCUCGGUCAGGUGGUGAUUCAGGUGUUUUUUCAGGUGUUGAACGACCUGAAUGGCGCUUCACAGAAUUGCACCAGGAAACAGAGAAUGCAGCAGAGGAGGUUGGCAGUAUUAAGGAAGAAAAGGUUACCAAUACUGCUGGAGGAGAGGGAGGAGGAGUUGGAGGAGGAGGAGGAGGAGGAGGAGGAGGAGGAGGAGGAGGAGGAGGAGGAGGAGGAGGAGGAGGAGGAGGAGUUGCAGGAGGAGGAGGAGGAGAAGGGGGAGGAGGAGGAAUGGGGAUAA